AUGCCGCCAUCAGCGACACUUUCGACCCAUGGACUGUUCUGCAAAUUUCUCCGGAUGCCGGAGUUGACGAGGCCCGGAAAGCCUACAGAAAGCUGGCAGCGAAGUAUCACCCUGAUGUGGAUUCAUCUUCAGAAGCCACGGAUAAUUUUCAGAAAGUUGUCCGUGCUCUCGCCAUUAUCACCGGUGAGGACAAGGACCUGGACGAGACCACAUUGCUGA